AUAUCGAGUCAUCUGAUUGCUUUUGUUUGUUUCUCCUCUCUACCCUACACUCACGCCGAGCUCAACGUCGCGCUGCGUAUUCCCAGCAUGGAUUUGAUCGCGGAUCUUGCGACAAAAUCCGCACAACUACAUGCUAUCUCACACAUUUCUACUGACGAGGAGUAUGACCGGCAGCUUCUUGAUCAUGUCGCAUCCCUGAGACAUGCUCUGUCUACCAAAGCUCUGGUCUGCGUUGCCGGUGAUGAUUCACUCUUUGAUAAUUAUAUGAUGGUUCUAUAUGAGUCUAAUCAAUCAAUCUCCUUGGUUGUGCAGAAAUUCGAUCCAGGUUCCGAUUCUCUUGUCUAUCUAUUCCUCCUCCACCUCCAAAUUCAAAGCUCUCAAAAUGCAAAUUACAAUCUGUUUCCAGAAGCCAUCUUGCCAUCAGGGAAACUUUGGAACAGAAUUACAGCCUACAUAAAGGCCUUUGAUCCGGUUCAAGUCAGGUAUGCAGGUCAUGAAUGGCGUCAACUGAUUGAACUUGUGGCCCAGAUAGCACAGGGGGCUUCGAAGGCAAGACUACCAUUCACCCAGUCGCGUCAUGCCUGA